UAACUGGUUUUGACAAGUAAAUGGCUGAUUGUGAUUGUGGCUAGAUCGAUUUGUAAAAAAUGCGAAAAAGGACUUGAUAAAUAGACAAUUAAGCGUCAUAUCUUUCCUACGUUCGAUAACGAAACACUUAAUUGUGUAUACAAAGUGGAUUAUUUGUUACAAAGCCGUGGAAAGACCUGAAUACCGCAUAACUGUAUCGUCGGUCAACCGCGUCCGCAGCCGGUAGAUAUUCGCUUCGACCAACAACUAUUGACUGAAAAUAAUUAAUUACAGCAAAGUUUAAUUUACAAUGAAGUGAAUAGACGUUAAAACAAUGAUUUUGUGUGCAAUAAACAUGGUUACGGCCAAGUUACAUCAAGAAAAUGGGAAAUAAAAAACAUCGUGAUUGAUUUGUUAAUGCAAUCAUUUUUUAUUUAGUUUUUGUGGUGAGAAAAGUAGGUUAGCACGGUCAGCGAUGGAAAUGUCGCUGCCUUUGGUUGAAAUUUCCGUGAAGCCGGAACCAAUGGAGGAGGAGGGCACGAGUAAAGAAGACAGUCAGAAACAGGACAACUGCAACUUACGACCAGAAGAGCUAUGGAUAAAACCGGAGCCAUUAGAAGAUGAAUCUCAAGAUUCCAGAGAGGGGGAGACUUCGGAGAACGAGACCAGGCUGGAGGAUGGAGAUGCAAAUGAGGAACUCCGGAAAAAGGAAAAUGAAGAUGGGACAUCGAAGCUGCCUCUCAAGAAGAGGUUAGACAAGACAGUCAAGCAGGAAGAUGGCUGCUCCAUCAAAGAAGAAAACAAAUCGGAUGACGCUGGACAAAAUGAGAAGCCGCCUGACAAUAUACAACCGAAGAUGGAAACCCCCCUGAUGUACUCCUACGAGAUCACGAAGAACAUAGAGAUAGUGACCAUUGAUGAUGAGGAGCGUCACCAGGAGUACCUGGAGACGCUGAAGUCUCGUCAGCACAUGCGUCAUGUCUGCGAGAACUGUGCUGUCGGCUUCGUACUGAAGCAGGCUUAUGAUGAUCAUAUGAAGGUGCAUUCUCCGGAAUCAGGCGAACACGAAUGUGUGAUCUGCCACUCCCGGCUGAAGACGGCGGACAUGCUGUACCGGCACCGGCUGCGGCAUUACCGGCGGUACCGGUGCCUGCUCUGCCGGACGCGGUUCAAGGACAAGGACACGGCAGCCUGCCACGUGAUGAACGAUCACAUCGGACAGACCUUCGAGUGUGAUCGGUGCGGCAGGGGAUUCAAGCGGCCCCAAUACCUGAAGAGGCACGUGGAGCAGUACCACACGAAGCCACAUCGGCUGGAGUGCGCCGUCUGUCUCCGGGUCUUCCACGAGCGCGGCUGGUACCGGUCUCACAUCAGGACGCACAACGAGGAAGUAAAAGCGAAGACGGUGAAGUUGCCCGCUACGUGCACCAUCUGUUCGCGCGACUACAAAACUAAAUCGAGCUUAAAACGCCAUCUAUUGACGCACGACCAUAACUCUUACUGUCGAAUAUGUUUCGUGAAGUGUAAGAACAGGAGCACGCUCGGUGAACACUAUUUGAAGGAACACAAUGAGAAAUAUGAAGGCGUGGCGGAGGAGACGUGUCCUCAUUGCGAGCGGGUGUGCGUGACGCGGGCGAUGCUCAAGCGACACAUACAACGCAUGCAUGCAGACAGAACUAAGAAAUAUCAAUGCGACCAUUGCCAACGUCUCUACCUGACGAAGGGGGAGGUUCGAGCCCACAUAAUGUGGUCUCACAUGCCAGCCGAGAUCCGGGGAGGACAUGCCUGCCCCUGUGGCCGGAUCUUCAGAAGCCCCUCGUUACUCCGCAGCCACAAAGCCAGGUUCCACGAGUCCCAGCCACCGCCGAGAGUGCAUCAGUGUGAUCAUUGCGACAAAGCCUUUGCAAACAAGCAAGUGCUAAACCGCCACAAGAAGAGUCAUUCCAACGAGAUGUAUCCCUGCAAGGAGUGCGGCCUACUCUUCAAGACGCAGCCGUACGUCAAGGUGCACUACCAGCUCAAACACCUCAACAUGACACGAGCAGAGAUCAAAGCCCAGAGGAAACUAAACAAGGAAAAGAUAAUACAGAAUAAUAUACACAACACCCUCAAUUGGGAACCCCCUCCCCCCAUCUCCAGCAAUAAGGGGGUGCUACCUACUGAGGCGGAGACCGACCCUCUACUUCUUGACGACAAUGAUGGUGAUUCUACGAUGGGACAGAAUAUUGCAAUAGAAGUUCCGCAGUUUCAAACUUUUGUUGAUAUUCGAAGGGAGUAGGGAGUUGGGUGAUAUUGUUAGUCCCUCUAAACAGAGUGCCUAUUACUAGUUUGGCUUACGUUAAAACGAUAGAUACGUUUAUAAAGUUUGGCGCUCAGUACCCUUAGUACGAAUUUGCUUUACGUUGAACGAAAACGAAACUUGAUCGUGUUCGGCGCUCUGAUUGGUUGGUUCAUUGCCGACAUUCAUAGCGUAACGUAAAGCAAACUCAUACUAAGGGUACUGAUCAACUUUUCAUAGCCAACUAUUCAGAGGGGGAAACGCGACACCGUUUCGAUCGCGGUAACGUAAACCAAACUCGUAAUAGGCACUCCGAUAGACAGAUGACGUACACGCUGGUCGAAUAGAA